AUGGGGAAAAUCCCCCGCCUGCUAAUGGGGCGGUAUGAGCUCGACAGGCUGCUUGGCAAGGGCAGCUUUGCAAAGGUGUACCACGCGCGCAACAUAGGCACCGGGGAGGAGGUGGCCAUCAAGAUCAUGGACAAGGAUCACAUGUCCAAGUUAGGUGCCGUGCAGCAGCAAAUCAUACGCGAGAUCGAUAUCAUGCGCCGGGUACGCCACCCCCACAUCGUGCGCAUCCACGAGGUCAUGGCCACCAGGAAGAGCAUCUUCGUCGUCAUGGAGUUCGUCGGCGGCAGCACCCUCAACGCCCACCUGGUCCACCGCGCCGGCCGCGGCAUCAGCGAGGCCUCGGCCCGCCGUGUCUUCCAGCAGCUCGUGUCCGCGCUCGACUACUGCCACUCGCUCGGCGUGUACCACCGCGACAUCAAGCCCGACAACAUUCUCGUCGACGCCACGGGCAACAUCAAGGUCACCGAUUUUGGGCUCUCGGCCCUCGCCGGCACGGCGCAGCGGGAGGCGUUGCUCCACACCAUCUGUGGGACGCCCAUGUUCAUCGCGCCCGAGGUUUUCCUGCGCUGCGGCUACGAUGGCGCCAAGGCCGACGUCUGGGCCUGCGGCGUCGUCCUCUUCGCGCUCGUGGCAGGCCGCUACCCCUUCAAUCAUAAGGACACCAGCUUGUACCACAUGAUCCGCCGCUGUGACUACCACUGCCCGCCGUGGUUCAGUACCGGCCUCGUCGGCCUGGUCCGCCGCAUCCUCUGCCCCGACCCGGUGCGCCGUAUCGCCAUACCGCAGAUGAAGGAAAAUCUUUGGUUCAAGAAGGGCUUCAAGGAGAUCCCACGGAGCCUCAGCGAGCCCGAGCUGCAAGACUCUGACUCUUAUUCUGAUGACGAGUCUAUGGCGUCAUCUACGUCGUCAGGGGACCCGGCCUCCCUGAUGGCGUGCCCCAUGCAUACCUCGGUGUCAGCGCCGUCGCUGACCACACUCGAGAGUACUGGUAGCGUCGCCGUCCAAGCACAGCCGCGCAUGCGCCGCCCCAAGAGUCUGAACGCGUUCGACAUCAUCGCGUCGUCACCGAGCCUCGACCUGUCUGGGUUGUUCCAGGAGCCGAGCGAGCAGAUGCGGUUCGUGUCUGCCGCGCCCGUGUCCAAAAUCAUCUCCAAGCUGGAGGAAAUCGCUGGGCACGUCAGCUUCACGGCGCGCACCAAGGAAUACCAGGUGAGCAUCGAGGAGACGAGGAACGAGAACCAGGGCGUGCUCCUUAUCUCGGCCAAGAUCUUCGAACUCACGCCUGAGCUCGUCAUGGUGAAGAUUUGCAAGAAGGCUGGCGACACCACUCAGUACCGGCAGUUCUGCAACGAUGAGCUCAAGCCCGGCCUGCGUGGCCUAGUCGACGGACUGCCGGAGGACAACGCAGAGUGCAUGGCCUCCAUCUCUGGAUGA